GGACAACCUCCACAUGCAGAUCCGGAUAAGACUGCAAUCCAUUUCCCACCACUACCCACCUGCCUGCAAGUAGUGACUUCGAAUCAUUGCAACCUCCCAAGUAUCUGAGCCUUUCUCCAUAACAUUACGAGUUCGACCACAAAUUUCUUGUCCAUGGCCCUCACAUUAUCACCAUCUACAGUACCCUCUGACCAAAACUAUGAUUGUCGCGAAUCUUCUUUCUUUCAGCAUCACUUACAGCUGCCUACGCCCGACGAAGUGCGUAUACGAGUCCGCCAGCAGCUAGAAUCCCAAACAUGCCUAGACGUACGGAGACAGCAUUUAAUCGGCAGCUAUGGACGUAAGCCGCCGGCCUCGUGGUCCGAUCUUAACCUUUUUGUUAAAUGGGGACCUAUCGAUCGAACGCUCCCUGAGGCGUUAUGUCUAUUUUCUAUUUAUAAGAUACUAGGUAAACGAGUCCCGGUGCCAGAAGUAUAUGGAUGGCGUACUGAUGGAGAUGAUACAUUUAUUUAUAUGGAAUUAGUACGGGGCGUAACGCUUGAGAGCGUUUGGGAGCAAAUGGACGUGAAGAAUCGGAGGGUCGUUUGCGAGGAUUUACGGGAAAUAAUACGGAGCCUACGAACCCUUCAACAAGAUCCGCGAGAUAAGUAUAUCGGAAACAUUCUUCGCAACCAUAUAUACGACCGCAGCGUGGAAUGCUACACCGAACAAUGUGGCCCUUUUCUAUCCGUCAAAGCCUUCCACGACUGGUAUGCCUUUCUCUGCCGCCAAGCUUUCCCGGAUAAAUGUAUAGAUGUUCCUAUAGAGCCUUACCGCUAUGACCUCCCGGAUGAUACCCCUAUCCGGUUUACGCAUGGCGACCUACACCAAUCCAAUAUUAUGGUCAGUAGUUCUACGCCCUACCGCGUUAUUACACUUAUAGACUGGGAGCAGUCUGGCUGGCUUCCUGAAUACUGGGAGAAUUGUAAAACGUUGUGGACGAGCUAUUCUAGUUCGGAUUGGGCGAGAGAGUAUGUGCCGUUAUUUUUGGAGCAGAAUGAGAAGAUUCUGGAUGCUUGGCGUUGGUAUGAGAGCUCGAUCUGAGGGUUUUGAUAGUGCUGUAGGCAUGCGGGAUCACAACGGCGCCGGGACAUGGUCAACGUAUUACCACAUGUUCGACGUCUUCCAUGGUAUGAUAAUUGGUCCCUUGUAAUUCGCAUCCGUAUUCAAAGGGACGCAUCAUCUGCAUGCAGAGUCCAAAUACACUGCACGAUGCUCCAACACGGGCCUCGCAACAUCUCUGAUCAGCGACCAAAUCCAACG